AUGACACUGCGACAUUAUCGGUUCUACUUAGGAUCCAACAAAUCCGAGUGGUUCUCAAAGUCGUUAGAUUCCUUGGGCGCGAUCAUCUCCGACGACGGCAUCGAGGUCGAACCGGCCAAGUGGGAGCGUAUCCGACAGUGGCCGACUCCACACAACAAGACCGACGUUCAGCGUUUCCUCGGCACCGUGAAUUGGAUGCGAGAUCACCUGCCCCACCUCUCGAUCACCUUGGAGCCCAUCACCGCAUUAUUAGCGCAAUCGACGUCGUGGCGUUGGAACGAGCGCGAGCAGCAGGCCUUCGACACCGUCAAGUCCCUCGUGCCAGCAACACUGCGACCGAUCGACGGCGCUAAGGUCACCUCCGGCGAGCACAAAAUCUACUUGUUCACCGAUGCCAGUCGUGUUGGCAUUGGCGCUUGCCUGGCUCGGGCCCCACUCGUUCGCAGCCAUUCCUACGCGAUUCUUCUCCGCUAAGUUCAAUGGCGCUCAGCUCAAUUAUCACGUCACUGAUAAGGAGUUCUUAGCCGUCGUUUCCGGCGUGUCGGGCGUUCGAGCAGCACUUGAUCGGUUACCCCUUCGUCAUCGUCACCGACCACCAAGCCCUCGCACGAUUAAAACGCAGAAGUUACGCCAAACACCCCGGCACAUCCGCAUGUGUCUCGAACUCAGCCGUUUCGACUUCGAAUUCGAAUUCAUUGCGGGCAAGAACAACUCCCUUGCCGAUUCGUUGUCACGCUUGUGGAAGUCAAGGAGGGAUCGCCGAGGAUCAGGUCAAGGAGAAUGAGUUGGAGGAUAUGUUCUUUGAUGGAGAACGCCACGGAUCACUACACACGGUGAGAGCCUCCCUGAGGAACGUCCUUACACCUCACCAUCUCCCGAUCGGUUGCCUCCUGUUGAUUUUGCCUUCGGGCCCCAACGCGACGAUUGCGAGGCAGGCUCUCCCGGAUACUACGCGCUCAAGGACGAAUCGCAAGACGAGGACGUGAAUGGACGGGAUUUAGGGAAUUUGUUCUUGAAGGAAGAAUGCCACGAGUUCACUACACCUGGUGAGAGCCUCCCUGAGGAACGUCCUUACACCUCACCUUCGCACGAUCGGUUGCCCCCUGUUGAUUGUGCCUUCGGCCCUGGGAUCACGGCUACGACGCAGGCUCUCCCGGUUCCCAUCGUCUGGCCGAGAACAUUAUGGACGCCGUCGACUCUUCUACCGGCCCCCUUUCUCCUCCCAUCGCCGUCAAUCGAGUUCAUGCUAUCGCCGCGGCCCCCGCCAACGACGCGCCCAUUCCAGUCGAUGCCGACGCCGAUGAACUCGACUUACUGGGAGCCGCCGCCGAUGAGGUCAACGACGCCCCUGUAGUCCAUCGACCGCCCGACCCGCUGCCCGCAACCUUUCCUCGACGCCGUCAUCCGAGCCUACGCCCACGAUUCGCAAGCCCAAGUCAUUGUUGACGACCCGCUGUCAUGGCCGAUGUUUCGGGUGACCGAGGAAGGGAGGAUCUUGCGUGUACAUCCAGAUGAGUCUCUUUCCCUGUUUGUGCCUCGCGGUCUCGCUACCGGCGUUGUCGACUCCGACAAGCUCCCAUCGCUGCGCGAGCUCGUGCUUUCGGAGAUCCAUCGGAGCGUCGGGCACGCGGGACAUCGCAUCACCUUGGCCGCCAUACGUCCUUUGUAUUGGUGGUCGUCCAUGUCUGCCGAUUGCGCCAAGUUCUGCCAUUCAUGCGAAGAUUGUGCCCGAGGCAAAGCGUCCACUCAAGUCCCUUAUGGCCGACUGCAUCCGAUGCCGAUCCCUUCUGGCCCAUGGGAACAAGUGGCCAUCGACUUCAUGACGGGACUGCCUCCGGUCGAGUUCGAAGGGAUGAUGGUCGCUCAAAUCAUGGUGGUCACUGACACUUGGGGCAAGAUGGUCCACCUGAUUCCCCUCCCAGCCGACGCCGACUCCGAGCUCGUUGCCGACAGGUACUACGCCACCAUCUUUCGACUGCAUGGGACGCCUUCCGCCAUCGUUUCCGAUCGCGAUCCCAAGUUCACCUCGCAGUUUUGGCGAGCAUUGCAGGCGAAGGUCGGCACCGUCUUGCGGAUGUCAACAGCGGCGCACCCAGAGACCGACGGAUCGAGUGAGAACCGAAUCAAGAUGGUCACCCAAACCCUGCGCAUCAUGGUGUCGUCAAACCACGAGGCUUGGGCAUCUCGCCUUGUUGAAGCUGAGUUCGCUCUUAACUCUUCCGUUGCUGUUUCCACGUCUCUGUCGGCUUUCGAGGCGACUUACGGUUACCUUCCUCGACGCUGGCCCACCGAUUCCUGGUUUGUCUCGGACGUCCCGCGUGCGGAAGCGUUUGCCCGAAUCCGACAGUUACGGAAUCUCGACGUCACGGAUGCGAUCAUUGGUGCACGCCUCGAUCAGACUCACCAGGCCAACAAGCAUCGACGCCCGGAUGAUCCCGCCUUUCGGACCGGCAGUUAUGUCUAUCUUUCGACCAAGAACCUGGCAGUUCCUGAAGGGAUGAAGUCGAAGUUGUUGCCGCGCUACAUUGGUCCUUUCCGUAUCCGAGCGGCCAUUCCAGCGACGUCCAGUUACGACCUCGAGCUUCCCCCAGCAAUGUCGCGAGUGCACAGUCGCUUCCAUGCUCGACUGCUUCGCCCCUAUGUUGAGAACGAUGCUGAGAGGUUCCCUGGGCGUGACCCCGCAGUUCUUUUUGUUGAAGAUGUAGCCGACGCGGCCGACAACUCCGCCAUUCCGGAACGGAUUGUUCGCGAUCGUCGGAACGCUCGGGGCAAUCGUUCGUUCUUGGUUCGAUGGAUUGGCCGUAAGGACAUCGAUGACACUUGGAUGUCAGAGCAGUCCCUCCGCUUCGACCAUCCAUCCCUACUCGACGCCUACCUGGCACAACUCGAUCGCUCAAAUCGCCGCCUGUCCUCCCGGUAG